AUGCUUGUCUAAAUUUUAUUACUUCUUUUCGGAUUGCUUUUUCUUUUCUUUGUAAUUAAGCCUAUGAUUACGAUGAUCAAAUUAAAAUUAUAAUUUGGAUCAUAAUGUAGGAUUUAGUAUAAUAUUUAUGGAAUAUUUGGAUUGCAUACUAAAUUCAAUUUGAAGAAUAGAUGGAAAAAAUCAGAGGAUUAAAAUGUUAAAUUUAUUGUGAAUAAUUAUUCAUCAAGGGUAUAAAUCACAAUCAUUGAUCCUGACUAUUACAAAUAUGUCUUAAUCAACCCUGAAAACUUUUCUAAAAUUAAUGAUUUAAAUACAAAGUAAUUUGAAAUUUAUCAAUUAGUUAAUUGUUUGAUGAAGGAAUAAUGUUUUAAUAAGGUUAAAAGUGGAAGUCAUAAAAGGAAUUAUGUUCUUUGCAUUUUGAUCUUAAAAAACUCAAUAGCAGUAUAUCAACUCAAAAUUAGAUUAUUUAAAAACAUAUUUUGUAAAAUGAUUAAUAAAUUGAUCAAAUUUAAACAACUUUAUUAAAAAUAGUGAAUGAGAUUAUUAUUGCUAGCUUUUUUGGAUAAGAUGCUGAUAAAAUGCAAAUUAAUGGUAAAAAUAUAGGAAUUGAAACAAUCGAUUUAUUCUAAAACUUAUAUAAAUUAAUGUACAAACCAUAUUUCAUUAUUAAAACAAUUCUAUUUGGGUUUUAAGCAUUAAAGAUGUUUCCUAACAAAUAAGAAUAAAUAAUUCAAACUAAAAUAAAUAAUAUCAAAUUGUUAAUAGAAAAAAUAAUAUAAAAAAGAAUAGUCUAACAUGAAUUAAAAUUAGAUGAAGAUGAAAAUGAAAUCUUAUAAGUGUCUGAAGAUUUCCUUAAUAUUUAUAUUGAAGCGUAUCUUUAAUCUAAAAAAGGGGAAAAUAAAAUAUCUUUAGAAGAAAUUAAAUAACAAUUUUUUACUUUCCUCUAUAUAGGUAGUAAUACAACAGCUUAAUUAAUAUACUCUAGUUUAUAUUAUUUAGCAGAAUACCCAGAAAUCUAAAAUGAAUUAAGAUAAGAAAUAGCGAAUAAUUGCAAAGAAGAAAUUAAUUAAUCUUCUGAAUUACAUUGUCUAGUUCAUUUAAAUGCCUUCUUUAAUGAAGUUCUAAGAUUGAAUCAAAAUGUAACAAUAAUGAGAAAAGUUUAAAUUACUCACUAUAUAAAAGAUCUAAGAUUAGAGAGAGGUAUGAUAUCUUUUAAAAUAUUUAUAGAUUGGAUUGUCAAAGUAGACCCUUAAGUAAUAAAUUGCCAAAAAAAAUACUUUGAUAAUCCUCUCGAAUUUAAUUAUAAGAGAUGGCUAUAAACACAAUCUAUUAAAGAAAAUAAUAAUUUUGUCUUUAUUCCUUUUUCAUCAGGUCCAAAAAAUUGUGUAGGAUAGGAUUUGGUUAAAAUAAUUUAUAUGUUAACUAUUACAAAAAUUAUGAGAAAUUUUAUGAUUAUUAAAAAUCAAAAAAAAAUAAAUAACUUAAAUGACUAGGAGAUCACUUUUGUAAAAUAAUUAAUUACAUAGAAGUGA